UCCACUAAGGCACCUGCUGCUCAGCCAUGGAUACACUGCAACAUGUUUUUAAAGGCACUUUUGUACAUUCAACCCCAAGCUGUCCCAUGGAGGUCCUUAAAGAACACAUCAUAGGCAUUGGCAAGAUGGGCAGAAUCAUGUUUUUAGAAGAUGCUCAAGAACAAACAAGACUGGCCCAGAAGUGGGGCUUUGAUGAAAGUGAUGUUAAAGAACUGAGCAAAAGUGAAUUCUUCAUGCCUGGAAUGGUUGACACGCACAUACACGCACCCCAGUAUUCAUUUAUAGGAUCGGCAAUGGAUAAACCUUUAUUAGAGUGGCUGGAACAUACUACUUUCCCCACCGAAGAAACCUAUGCAGAUUUGGAGGUUGCAGAGAAUGUAUACAGAGCUGUUGUGCGGAGAACAUUGAAAAAUGGAACAACAACAGCUUGCUAUUUUGCAACAAUUCACACAGAUGCUUCUAUUGUACUGGCUGACAUUGCAAAUCAUUAUGGUCAAAGAGCGUUUAUCGGAAAGGUUUGCAUGGAUAGCAAUAAAACUUACCCAAAGUAUUUAGAAAGUUGUGAAGAGUCUAUUGAGGAGACAGAACGGUUUGUUGACAUCAUGGAAAAGAAGAAAUAUGACAGAGUAAAGCCUGUUAUCACCCCUCGAUUUGCAAUAUCCUGUAGCGAACGGUUACUGAAUGAACUUGGCCUCCUUGCUGACAAGCACCAGCUGCACAUUCAGAGCCAUAUCAGUGAGUCUACUGCGGAAAUCGAUGAAGUGCUGCGGAUAUUCCCAACCUAUGAUAGCUAUACUGAAGUGUACGAUAAAAAUAAACUUCUAACAAACAAGACAGUGAUGGCUCAUGGUUGCUACCUGACAGAUGAAGAACUUAAUAUUUUUAGAAGCAAAGGGGCUGCUAUAUCACAUUGCCCUAAUUCAAACAUUUCGUUAUACAGUGGUCAUUUGGAUGUACAAAAUGUAUUGAAACAUCAGGUGAAGUUGGGGCUUGGGACAGAUGCAGCGGGAGGCUACUCAGUUUCUAUGCUUGACGCUAUCCGAAAAGCAAUAGAAACAUCGAAGAUUAUCUUUAUGGAAAAACAAAAAGAAAAUAGAGAAAAUAAGAAAAUGUACAUUGACUAUAAAAGAGAAACUGUACAGAAUGGAAUAAAACCAGGUCCAAUUAAAAAAAUGGAAAAUGGCACUGACUACCAAGUUCUAAGCAACCAGGAAGCCUUCCGACUUGCCACGCUUGGGGGAUGUCAAGCUCUGAACAUUGAUCACAUCACUGGAAAUUUCGAAGUGAACAAAGAAUUUGAUGCACUGCUCAUCAACAUGGCUGCUGAAGACAGUGCCUUUGAACUCUUCUCCGAUAUCGCAAUAGAGGAUGCAGUCCAGAGGUUCCUAUAUCUAGGUGAUGACCGUAAUAUCAAAGAAGUGUAUGUAGCUGGAAGAUGUGUGGUUCCAUUCACAAACAAUGCAUAAUAUUUUGUCAAACAGCUUUUUAUUUUAAUAUAUUAUAACUUGUUAAUGUUGCACACUAGAAAUAUUUUUAUCUCAGAUAAAUAAUAUACUCGUCAUAUAUUUUAGCGUUAAAAAAGUCUACAUUAAAAAACGGCUUGAAUGCACUUG